CUCCUUCCCUCAGUCCCUCUUAUAGUAGAUUUCAGAUUUGAGAAUAGCCUCUCACUUUCUCUGCGUCUUUCUCUCGCUCAGAGCCAAAGGCGGGCAUGGAGGAUGAUAGAAAAAGUGAAGGAGCUUGAAGUGAUGAAAUGGAGAUGUUUUGGAGAUUGUUGCUUGUGCUCUCCUUGGUAGUGGUAGUGGCUGCAGAAUCUACAUGCAACAGUACUACAGACUCGAAGCUGGUUCUCAAGGCAUUUAAAGGCGUCACUGGAUUCAACUCUUCUUGGGUUAAAUCUUAUGAUCAUGGGAACUGUUCGAGCCCUCCAAUGAAGGAACUGAAGUUUUCUUCGCGUAAUCUGAGCGGGACUAUUUCAUGGGAGUUCCUCAGGAACAUGUCUCAGUUGCAGGCCAUCGAUCUUUCCCACAAUUCCCUCAGAGGGCAUGUUCCUGGUUGGUUUUGGUCGAUUCGGAGCCUGGUUAAGGUCAAUCUGUCCCGGAAUCGGUUUGGGGGAAGCGUUGGGUUUGAAGGAUUAGGUUCGACUUCGUCGAUGCAGGUGCUGAAUCUAUCGGACAAUCGGUUCACCAACUUGGUACGGCUCUCUGGUUUUCAAGCACUUACAGUUCUUGACCUUUCGAAUAACGAUCUGAGAGUUUUGCCUUCUGGGUUUGAGAACCUCACUAAGCUUGAGCACCUUGACAUCUCAAGCUGCAAUAUUUCAGGCAAUUUGAAGCCCAUUUCAAGACUUCGGCGAUUGACACACUUGGAUGUGUCUGAAAACAACAUGAAUGGUACGUUCCCUUCUGAUUUCCCUCCGCUCAACGGACUCAGGGUCUUGAACGUCUCAUUCAACAAGUUCACCGGACUGAUUGGAUCCGAGUUCCACAAAAAAUUUGGCAACUCUGCGUUCAUUCAUGCUGGCAAUUUCAAUGUCUCCAAAACUGCAACCCCUCCGAUUGGACCCCAUUCCACUCCCCUACCUCACAAACCCCUCCCAGAACUUCGACCCCAUUCCUCUACCCCACCUCACAAACCCCUCCCAGAACACCUCGCGAAGAAGAAACGCAAAUCAAAACCUAAACUUCUAGUCUUGUCUUUGUCGUGUGCAUCAGCAUUCCUGGUCCUGGCCAUGGCUAUCUGUACGUAUUGCAUGUACAGGAGAAGGAAGCUGAAGCGAAGAAACAGAUGGGCAAUCUCGAAGCCGAUGCAGGCGGAGUUCAAAAUGGAGAAAUCAGGACCCUUCUCUUUCGAGACAGAGUCAGGCACAUCAUGGGUGGCCGACAUCAAGGAACCAUCCUCAGCUCCGGUGGUGAUGUUCGAAAAACCGCUGAUGAACCUCACAUUCAAGGACCUCAUCGCUGCCACGUCACACUUCGGCAAGGAGUCACAGCUAGCGGAGGGCAGAUGUGGGCCAGUCUACAGAGCUGUCCUCCCAGGAGACAUCCACGUGGCAAUCAAAGUGCUGGAAAACGCGAGAUCCGUUGACCACAACGACGCUGUACCCAUGUUUGAAUCUCUGGCGAGGCUCAAGCACCCCAACCUUCUUCCUCUCUCCGGUUACUGCAUUGCAGGUAGAGAGAAGCUGGUGUUGUACGAGUUCAUGGCCAACGGCGACUUGCACCGGUGGCUCCACGAGCUUCCCACCGGCGCGCCCAACGUGGAGGACUGGAGCACUGAUACGUGGGAGCAUAUCAAUGACGGAGAAAGUGGUUCCCGUGCCUCGUCUCCGGAAAAGAUGGAAUGGCGGACUCGCCACCGCAUUGCUGUCGGAGUGGCGCGUGGGCUCGCCUACCUCCACCAUGCAGGUUCCAAGCCCAUCUUCCACGGCCAUCUCGUCGCCUCCAACGUCCUCCUCGCCGACGACUUCGAGCCCCGAAUCGCGGAUUUCGGCCUUAGGCGGGACAGAGAUAUCGGGAACACCGAAACUGAUGUGUACUGUUUCGGUGUCGUGUUGAUAGAGCUCCUAACGGGUAAGCCCGGGUCGGAAGAGACCAUUGCAUGGGCGAGGAAGCUGGUGAAGGACAGACUCGGAGUGAACGCGCUGGACCCGAGGCUGGGAGUCGGUGGCGACUCAGUGAGCGAGAUGGUAGAGUGUCUCCGAGUUGGAUACUUAUGUACGGCCGAGUCACCUGGGAAAAGACCCACAAUGCAACAGGUCGUGGGUCUGCUCAAAGACAUACAUCCUGGGCCUGAAUUGAAUUGAGUUGACUCAUUCCGCAGCGUUCCAAUUUCCAAGGCCACUGACGUACGCAACCCCUGGCUGCCUAAAGAGCGUGUAGCAUCAUUGUUGCAAUUUUAACUUGUGGGUUUCUGUCACGCGCUUUGGCCUGGCGUGGUAAAGUUUUCUGAAGUUUGAAAUAGGACCAUGUUUGGCUGUCUCCAUUGGGUAAUUGAUUCUUUUUCUUUAAUUUGAUGUAUAGAUAAAAAAUUUGAAGAGGAAAAAAAAAAUGGUAGACAAAAUGAGGUGGGGUAAGGUGGGAGAAGGGUGGUGGUCGUUUAGGUGGGCAGAGAAUCCCACUUACUGCUUGUCUCUUCUAAAAAAGCCUCAUCAUCCCCUCCUUUUCUUUAAUUUCUUUCCCUUUUUCUUUA